AUCGGCAAAAAGAAGCAUUUUAUAAACAAAAUUUCUGAGAAGUUGCGCGCACAAAAAACUAAAACUUGUGAAAUCGCCAUGUCUGCGGAGGUCUCUACCAACGAAUCUGCUCCGCCGGCGGAGAAGAAGUCCAAGCUGACCAAUGCCCAAAAGGCGCGGAUCGAAAGGAACCAGGCCAAGGCGCAGAAAUUGCGGGAGGCCAAGUUGGUUUCGCAUCCAUUCAAGGAGCUGGCCAGCAACAAGGAGGGUGGCACCCAUCCGGAGGCGGCGCUCAGCCAGGGAAGCUCUGUGAUCAAGGUGCAGGGCACCAAGUACAUAGACUCCGGCGGGGGCUUCCUGCUCGAACAGCCUGUUAUGCCCACGGGCGUGGGCCCAGCGGGCCUCAAUAAGUCCGGGGAGGAGGCCCCGCCGAUCCUGGACGACGCCAUUGCUAUACCAGUGCAGUACGAGGAGUGCCUGGAGUGCGGCGACAUGUUCGCCGACUCCUAUUUGUUCAACAACUUCGGACACUCGGUGUGCGACAAGUGCCGGGACAAGGAUGAGCGCUACGCGCUGAUUACCCGCACCGAGGCCAAGGCGGAGUACUUGCUGAAGGACUGCGAUUUCGACAAGCGGGAGCCCAAGCUGCGGUACAUAAGCCGCAAGAAUCCGCACAACGUACGUUGGGGCGAGAUGAAGCUGUAUCUGCAUCUGCAGAUUCACCAGCGCGCCCUGGAGGUCUGGGGUAGCGAGGAGGAGCUGGUGCGCCAGCACGAGGCGCGCGAGGACAAGCGAGAGGAGGGCAAGGCGCGCAAGUACAACAAGAAGAUGAAGCAGCUGCGCAUGGAGGUGCGCAGCAGCAUCUACACCAAGAAGACGCACGAAGUUCACGAGCACGAGUUCGGGCCGGACACCUACGAUGAAGAGGAGGACACCUACACCCACACCUGCAUUACCUGUCCGUACAGCGAGACCUACGAGAAGAUGUAGGGCGAUGUGCAGAGCACACAGCAAGCCUCCUCCAAGCGCUGACUGGAUCUGAAGCCAUCGAAAACUGAAAAUCUUUUUUUUUUUUGCCCCCAUCUUAAGUUCCUUACUCUGUAAACUCAUGUUACAUUAAAAACAUAGUUUAGUGAAUUCUAAGUGAAUUAUGUAAUUGAACUAAACACAAAUGCGCAUGAAUUAAGUGCUAAAAUGUG